UUUGCAACUUUACAUAUUAUUGAAAUAUUUAGUAAACAAUAAAAUUUAAAACAACAUAUAAAUUACUUUGAUAAAAGUUAACCAUAUCGACUAGUUAAAAAAGUGAAAAUUACUUUAACAUUGUUUACUGUGACUUUAUGAAUUAAAAAGUAUAAAAUGAAUCAAAUGAACAUGCAUAGUGGCAUGAACCCUGGUCCUCCUAUGGGUGCUGCACCGCCCAUGCAAAUGCCAGUAUGUGGUCAGAUAAUGCAGCAGCCUCCGCAUCAAAUGGCACCAGCUCCCAUGCCACAGCAAACCCAACAGGACAAAAUGGAUAAUAUUACAAAGGUUAAAACAUUGAUGAGCUCCUUGAGAGAAUGUCUACCUGUGACAUUAAAAUCAGCAGCCCAAAUAUUGCAUCACAAUCACAAUGUGGACUCAAAUACUCAAAAAAGCAACGAGCCUCCAGGAGCAAGGUUUGAUAAAAAUUUAGAAGAAUUUUUUUCACUCUGUGAUCAAAUGGAGCUUCAUUUGAGGACAGCGACAACAUGUAUUCAACAAGCUCAGUCGGCAGCGCACUAUCUUCCCCUCACUGUUAUACCAUCUAGAAUGGAUUCGGGGCCCGUACAAGAAACAACACUCAGCUACCCUCAAUAUUUGAACACUGUAAGACUUCAGAUCGCAUAUGCGAAAGAUAUACACGACACUCUUGUUGCUGCUGCACAAAACAUAUCACCUACAGAAUAGUAUAUAUGGUUUUCAUAUAGGUAUAUUAUAUAUAUUGUGUAAGCAAAACCUAAAAUGAUACAAUAUUAAAUAUUCGAAAGGCGCAACCCGGGUAAAAUGUUCUGUCUUUAAACAAUAUAAUAGAUACUAUAUAUUGUAUAAGGAAAUCGUGAGCUCUGCGUAAAAAAAACAGAUGAACCUCCGAAAUCCAACAGAAACACUAUCGUUUUGACACAAGAGUGGAUAUAUGUCAAAACUUAGAUUUUAUGAAUGAGUAAACUUACACAUUUGUAAUAUACUAGUAAAGCAACAAGGAUAAGCUACGCUCCGCCCUUAAUAAGAAUAUUAGUCAAAACGGUAGAAAAGUUGUACUGUACGCAUCUAUCAAAUAAAAAACUGGCUUUUAUCAAUUAUUUAUUUAGGACAAAUUAAUAAAAUGUCUUACAUUAUUACAUCUUUAUUUCUCUGCCACUCAUACAUCAAUGGCACUAUUUUAAUUUUAAUCAAAUUCAUAUAUUUUUUAUGUCAUUUAAUAACUGGAAGAUCGUUCUUUGAGAUCAUAUAUAUUUAUGAUAUUUAUAUAAAAUUCAUCAGAUCCCAUUUAACAAAAAUUGUACAUAUUUUAUUUUACAAUCUUUGUUAAUGAGGUCUUACCUAAUCGGACCUGCCUUUAGAGAAGUUACAGCAUGGUUAUAAUUUAAAACUUAUAUUAAAAUCACAAUUGUAAAAUCGUAAAAUACUAUCAGUCUUUAUAUCAUAUUUCUUUGAUCGACAUAACUUGACGCCCAUGAACAUCUGAAAUAAAAAAAAUACAUUUAAAUA